CAAAACAUAACGAAACGAAAAAGUUUUAUACGCUUUACAACACAUUAGACGACGAGAGGAUGUAUUUGGAAAAAGAGCUCAAUUUGAUUGGCUCUAUAUUAGACAACUUCUAUCAGGCUCAAAACUCAAAUAAUGUAAGAGAAGAAUAUUUACUACAAUUCGAGCAAAUCGUGGAGAAUAUAAAGCAAACAAAACUCAAAGUAGAGAACAGAAGGGUUACUGAGAAAGCAAAACGAGACCAAUUGAAUGACUCUUAUUUGGAAUUAAUUGAAAAGCAAAGACUCUAUUAUAAAGGAGUCAAAGAUUUCAAAGAGGAAUGUAAAACCAAUGAAAGACUUAUCGCUGAACUCGAGAAUAGAAAAUCCAAGAAUAAAGUUAAUCAAUGA